UUUUUUAAAAGGACAUCCCUUUUAGUCAGUGCUGCCAACGUCACGGGGUUCCACUUCAUCAUUACCUUCCAUAACGUGAGAGAAAACUUCAUCUUAUUCGCCACUUUUAAUGGAGAAUGCUCUAAACUUACUUAUAGAGCUCUGCACAGUUCGACAGCGCGCAAGAUAAUCAUAUCAAUUGCGACGUGCCCUAUUUAUACCAACGAUUUAACAUUCGACUGGUUUUGCAUAAUUAUUAUUUCAAAUUACCCGACGCUCUGACAUAUUUGUCUUUAUGAAUAUUUACGAUGUGGUGUCGCCUUUAUUAUAUAUAUAACAAAUACAUUGAUAUUCCAUUAAAUACAUUAUAAAUUAAUAAAAAUAUUAUCUAAUACUAUCACCGACAUACACGAUUGAAAAGACAAAACAAAACGAAUCCAACAAAAUGAUCGAACUCAUUUCGUACAAACAAAUUGAGUUUCAAGUUAUAAAGAAAUUCCAAUCGUAUAUGUUUAUUACUUGUUCAUACACAAUGCAAUAUAAUUUACUCAGUUUAAUAAAAUAAAAUAGCAAUAAUGUUAUACAAUUCAAUAUAUUUUCUUUCAAAAUCGAUAGAACUUUGAAUUAUAAAAUGUAUUAUAUUUUGAUCCUUCAAAUUAUUUUCGUAUCUUGCCAAGAUUUCCCGCUGUAUAACACUGAUGACAUGAUAAUCGAGAAUUUGAGAAAAAGAGAAGUUAUCCCAUUGAACCAAAUAAACAGAAGGUUGUUUCGAAGUAAUGAACAGAUAAGGUAUAGAAGGACUAAGGAUGUUCAAGAAGAUUUAGCAGAACGGAAACUAGAUAAGGUAAAAUCACAGUUGCGUGAAGCCAGAAUAAACAACGCUAAGUUGGACAAACUCCACCAGCAACUGAAAUGGAUGACGAUUGACGACAACGAAGCAAUCGGAACAUGGAUGGACGGAUUACCGGAUAUACAGGGAUUGAUUUCAGCACCCAGUACCCUUGAAUUAGUAAUUAUUACCGGCUUUUAAAAUACAAUAAAACAAAUA